AUGGAGGCCACUGAGGAGGCCGGCGGUGGAGGCGGCGGCGGAUGUCCCUUCGCUCAUGGCGGCGCGCCCGGUACGGCAGCUGGUAAGGCGAAGCACGAGCCUGUCUACUACGCCGACUAUCUGGAGCUCAACAAAUUGCUCAAUGCCCAGCACAUGAAGAGUGAAGAUCACGGCAAGCCCGCCCACGAUGAGAUGCUGUUCAUCAUCGUGCACCAGGCCUACGAGCUUUGGUUCAAGCAGAUUCUGCACGAGCUCGACCUUGUGAUGAAGCUCUUCGCCCAAACACCCAUUCCUGAGAAAAGCAUGGGCACGAUCAACCACCACACGGAACGAAUCGUGAAGAUUCUCAACCUGUUAGUCAGCCAGGUGCAAAUCAUCGAGACCAUGAGCCCUCUCGAUUUUCUCGAUUUCCGCGACUACCUGAUGCCUGCUUCCGGUUUCCAAAGCUUCCAGUUCCGUCUCAUUGAGAACAAGCUGGGCAUGGUUGCUGAACAGCGCAUGAAGUACCAGUCUGCCGCCUACCACACGAGGCUCGAGCCCGACCACCAGAAGAUCGUGCAGGAGUCUGAGAACAGCCCCACCCUGUUCAACAUUGUCGAAGCCUGGCUCGAGAGAAUCCCGUUCUUGAGCGACGAGGAGACCGGAUUCAAGUUCUGGGACGCCUACAAGAAGGCGGCCGAGCAGAUGUUCGACACGGAAAAGGAGAUCAUCAUUGAUAACUCCAACAUGGCCGGCGGUGAGAAGCUCGAGGAGCAUCUGGAUGAGUGGAGGAAGAACAAGGAGGCGUUCUUGGCUCUUCUCGACGAUGAGAAGCACGAGGAGAUGCGCAGGAAGGGACUGCGUCGUCUUUCGUUCAAGGCCACGCAGGCCGCCCUGCUGAUCACGCUGUAUCGCGAUGAGCCCAUUCUCCGCGCUCCCUUUGAGCUCCUCACCCGUCUUGUUGAUAUCGACAACGCCAUGCAGCACUGGCGCCACAGGCAUUCGAUGAUGGUCCACAGGAUGAUCGGCACGAAGAUGGGCACGGGCGGUUCGUCGGGCUACCACUACCUCAAGGCGACGCUCCAGCGUGGUCGCGUCUUCGUGGACAUCUCCAACCUGUCUACCUACCUCUUGCCGAGGAGGGCUCUCCCGCAGCUCCCGGCCAAGAUGCUGAGCAAGAUGAGCUUCUCUCUCGAGCAGAAGUGA